AAAAAGAAAGUAUUUUAAUUUAAUUUAUAGGAUACGAUCCUUUGACAAUAUAUGCUCAAGGAAUAAUUUGCAUAUCCACCGUCUUGUCCUUUUUCCAAUCCUUUAAUAUUUUGUCCUUUCUCAACAAUCCCACCACUUUAGACGUAUAUUUACCCUCCUACAACUUCAUGUUUCUCGUAACAAUUGUCAAGCUAACACUUCUUUUCUUCACUUACACAUCUUCACAAAAAAAAAAAAAAAAAAAACUUGCUAUAUAUAGCCUACAGUAAAAACCAUAUAACUUCUCUUAACCAAGAUCUAAGUUAAUUAACAUGGAUAUGGUGAUGAAGUUGGGAGCAGAAAGUUCAGUGGUGAUUCUAACCAAGAGCACUUGUUGCAUCUCUCAUAGCAUCGAAACCCUAAUUCGCGGUUAUGGAGCAAACCCUACAGUUUACGAGCUCGAUAAGCUUACAAAUGGGAAGGAAAUGGAGAAGGCAUUGGUUGAACUACUAGGGAGUAAAUCAAGUGUGCCAGCAGUGUUCAUUGGAGAAGAGUUUGUUGGUGGUUCUAAUGAGAUUAUUAAUGUCAGAGGCAAGCUCAAACAAUUGCUUCUAAAGGCUAAUUCUAUUUGGAUAUAAUCGUGUAAUAAGAUCAAUUAACUAGCUGGCAAAACAGUGGCAGGACCAGAAUUUCUGGAAUUGAUUCAAAGGCUAAUGCUAUUUGGAUAUAUGAUAUGUAGAUUGUAGAUUAUAAAUAUCGGAAUUUAUUAUCUAGCUAGCAAGUUUAUAUUUACAAAUCUUCCCUAUUUUGAUGUACUAAUUAUAAUAAUAAUGCAAUGCCAAGAGUACAUAAAAAUAAUUCAUAUAAGUUUUUAUC